UGUCACUGUCAACUGAGAAUUUGCGGAAUGUAUUGUUUGGAAUUUUGUUGUUGAUAUUUUUCGAAACUGUGUUCGAAAUACUUGUAAAUUAUUAAAGAUAAAUCAAAAUCUUAAAAUAAAAUAGUUGUAAAUACUUAAAAAAAUAUGGCUGAAACUCAAGAUUAUGAAAAGUAUGAUCAAAUUCUUACAUCAAUUUUAGAAGGGGAAAAGUCAAUUAUCGGUUUCCUUUCUGCUAUAUUUGGCUUUCUAGCCAGACGAACUGAUUUCUACUACACCCCAGAAGGUCCAUAUGAGAAUAUGGGGUUUCCACCUGGAGUCGCUGAAGAACUUGUUGUCAAAGUUUUGCGUAAAUGUGACCCAAAGAACUGGAAACUAUCAGAAGGCGAAGAAAAUGAUUUAAGCAAUGAAAUAAUGUGUUCAACUGUUGCUCAGGAAGUUGAAAUUGUUGAUGAACAACAAGAUAAUUUCAGAGCAAACCCUACACAAGAAACACAACAAAGUGUUAUUGAUGAGGCAGUUCACAAAGCACCGGAAACAAAGAAGGUUCCAAUAAUACCAAAUGAUUAUAAACCUCCAGUCAUUCCAGUGCAAAAUAGUGAAUCUUAUAAUGGAGCAGCGAGAGAUAAAUAUACGUGGUCCCAAACAAUUAUGGAUCUAGAUGUUAUCAUAAACCUGCCUGCAAAUGUAAGGUCAGCAAAAGACUUGAAAGUCACAAUAAAUCCUGGAGAUAUUUCUGUUAUAACCAGAAACCAAGAUAUUAUUAUAAAAGAUUCACUUCCUUUUAAAAUUAAAACACUAGAAUGCCUUUGGAGUAUUAGUGAAGGAAGACUUUUAAUUCAUUUAGAAAAAGUGCAAGAGCGUUGGUGGGACAGAUUAUUAAAUAAUGAGGAACCAAUCAAUUUAGACAAAAUUGAUUGCUCAAGAGCUUUAAAUGAAUUACCAGAAGAUCACAUUGCAAAGGUAAGAGAAUUACAAUGGAAUCAAGAACAAAAAAUGAAAGGACUACCAACUAGUGAUGAAAUCAGGAAUAUAGAGCUAUUGAAAAAAGCAUGGAAUAGUCCAGGAUCGCCAUUUUUAGGCAAGGAAUUUGAUCCAAAUGUUCUUUAUAAACCAUAAAUUAAUAUAACUGUGU